AUGCGUAUUACUCCAGCUCUACGCAUGCAGGUCACCCGCGCGUUGCGCGCUGGCCACGGCCCAGACCCCAAGAACGGAGUAUACAUGGGCGGCUGGGGCAAUCUAGGCUCACAGACACAAAAGGGCGUGACCACAUAUUCUCUCUCUCCCAACCGACAGCGACCCAUGGCCGGUGCCUAUUAUAACGCUUUCUUCAAUAUCUACCGUCGAACAUAUCACCAGAUUCUCUACUGGCUACCACCUCUGGUACUGGGUUACGUGUUGAUGGAAUGGGCUACAGAGAAGUAG